CUGAGUGCAAAGAUCCUCAGAUCAAACUAAUCCACCCGAUCGAACUUCCAAAAUGGUUUCGCUCUGUGAGGGUGCCCCGCCAGGCACACAUCGGCAAGCUUCAAUCGCUGAGAUUAACGCUAGGCUUAGCGGUAUAAAAAACAUUUCUCUCAAAACUCUCCGCCCCCCUCGUCAGUGUACAUCAUGGCUACCGACUGUUCAAAGCACGAUCCCCCUGCUUUAAGAACAAUUUCUACUUGCGUGCUGGUCUUAUCCUCGUGGCUGAAGGCGGCUUAAUGUCCUUUAUUUUUCCGCUUUCACUCCUCAUUUACUCCCUGAGACAACUAUACAUAAAGUACCAUGGCCGGAAGCGGGCAUCAACCUCCAACGUUAAACCUGGAGUCCAGCCUAUAUCGGUUUUGUUUCUUUGUAGUAUUUUCGCGGAUAUGCUUUGCGGACUAGGGCAUUCUAUGUCCAUCAGAUGGGUGCUCGCAGGUGAAGUGAUCGAGGGCCCAUAUUGUACAGGACAGGCGGCUUUACUUCAGAUCGGGAAUAACGGUGUCUCAUGGUUCACCACGGCAAUUGCGGUAUUGACUUACCUUCAGGUGGCUCACUCAAACCCGUUAAGCAAAAGAGGAGCAAAGAUUUUUGCAGCGGGAUCUAUUUGCUUUACAACCGUAUUCACCCUGUUGGUCAUUGCGAUUCCUGCUUCGAUGGUCUCUCCAUAUUAUGGCAACGCUGGGUUGUGGUGCUGGCUCCCUGGCACCAAUCCUAGCCGCCAGAGGUUACGGUUCGCUUCUCAAUAUGUGUGGAACUGGCUUGCGAUAUUGGUAUCAAUUGCCACGUAUGGCACGGUGGCAUACAAGUGGUUGUUUCGAGGCCCUUUUCGUACCAACUGUGACAUUAAACGGGCCGCGAUUGCCAUGGGAUGGUAUCCUAUUACUUAUCUCAUCGUCACCGCGCCUUCAUCCUCGAUUCGUUUCCGUCAGUUCCAUGGGUAUCAACCAAACACUGCCGAGCGGAUCUUCCCCUUUGUCCUUGCUGUCUCACACGGAGCCAUCAACGUCAUCCUAUGGUUUAUGACUGGCAGACGUUUCGGAUUCUCACCCAACAAAAAGAAUGUUUCUCCUGACUCGGAGAUUCUUUCCUUUAAAGAUGUUGAAACCUCGACCUCACAAGCAACUCCUACGGACGGUGAUGGGGUUCGACACUCAGCCGUAACCAUUCCAAUUCCCCCACCAACGUGGACGCCUGAACGCCCUAAUGGCAGCGUUCCCUCAGUGACUCAAGUUUCCUCGCCUCCCGGCCUCAGCGGAAACGACAUUCACAUGUAUCCAUGCUCUCUUUCUCCUAUCCCUGGUUCACCGAACAGCGACCAAACGAUUGUUAUAAGCAAUAUAGAUUAAUUGAUCGGCGCUUCUUCCCAAUCAUUCCGGUGACCAUUAUAAACCCGCCAUAUAGUAACUCAGCGCAGAGCUUAAGCCUGGA